AUGGCGGAUUUGGCGGUGCGCGCCGCACUCAACUCACUCAGCUGCACACAGCACAUCACAAGCAAAGCACAACACAAGUACAAAGCACAAGUGUUUUUGAGGGAAAUGAAGAACUUUAAAGCUAAACGCCUCUUUACACAAAAACAGCAACAGCGACUCCCUUUCAAUCCUUCAGUUCAACGGCAGCAGCAACCUCAGCAAGAACAGCCUCUCAUCCUACAAGUUCAACUGCAGCAACCUCAGAAUCGAGCAGCUCACCAACACCCCUUAAUUCCACAAGUUCAUCAUCAACAACAGCACCAGCAGCAACAACAGCAACCUCCCCAUCAAGCCUUUGACAAUGAUGUUGAGAUUAGUGAUGCUAUUAUGGAUUCUGAGGGUGAAGACAAUAUCAAGUGCAAAAGUUGCCGUACAAUAUCUAGUGCUUCCAAAGGUGUAACAUUGGAAAAAUUGCCACCUAUUGUGUGUCUGCACUUCAAACGGUAA